CAGUUAAUCACAAGUUGAACAAAUCGUUGUUUAUAUUCGAAAAAAUUGUCAGAAUAAUGAAGUCUCUUUUGAAUAAUAUAAUUCGAAUUUUGUUAACGAUCCAAUGUUGGUAUUGCCCAAGUGUAUUUGCUUUGGAUAAAUUUGAAACUAGUGAUUAUUAUGGGAACGAACCAAUAUUUGCUCAUGUUAUAUUUCGUCAUGGCGAAAGAAAUAUAGAACGAUCGUAUCCCAAUGAUCCAUAUAUUAAUGAGACUCAUUGGACUGGUGGAUUUGGAGCACUCACAAAUAAUGGUAAAACAGAAGUAUACAAAUUGGGUAAAUAUUUGCGGCAACGAUAUAACAAAUUGGUCGGAGAGAAAUACUCAAAAAAUGCGGUUUACAUUCAUAGUACCGAUUUUGAUCGAACGUUAAUGAGUGCUCAGGUUCUGGCCGCUUCUUUAUUUCCACCAGUUGGCAACGAAAUUUGGAGUGCGGACAUUAAAUGGCAACCAAUACCAGUGCACAGUCAACCAUUAAACCAAGAACUUCUUAUGCCACAUAGUAUUCCGUGUGCACGUUUUCGGUACUUAUUUGGAACGUACAUAAAUUCACCGGAAUACAAAGCAGUUUUUCAAAAGCAUCGUUCGUUAAUUCAAUAUUGGGAAGAAAAAUCCGGAAAAUCACUCAAAGUUUAUAGUGAUUUUCUACAUUUAUACGAUACACUGUAUAUUGAACAUCAAAAAGGAUUACAUCUUCCAAAAUGGGCUUCCGAUGCGCUUCACACAAAUAAUACGUUGAAAUAUCUGGCACUUUUUGAAAUGAUGGCACUCACACAUUCAACGGAACUUAAGAAGUUAGAAGCUGGUUUUUUUAUCAAAGAAAUUUUGGAUCGUUUUACAAAUAAAUCAUUGGAAACUCUCAAACCUGAUCGGUCUUUAUGGUUAUAUGCGGCGCAUGACGUAUCUAUGAUAAACAUUUUAAUCGCUUUAAACUUAUAUGAUUCAUUCACACCGCUGUUUCGACCAUUUUAUGCAUCGAGCUUACAUUUUGAACUGUAUCAAAAUGCUGGCAAUUUUUCUAUUCAAAUGUUUUUUCGACAAACAAAUAAAAAAGCGAUUGUUCCGUUGAAAAUUCCAAAUUGUGGUACACCAUGUUCAUUGAACACAUUCUACAAAUUGUACAGAGAUAUUUUACCAACGAAAUUUGAAGAUUAUAAUUUGGCAUGUAAACAUCCCCAAAAGGAAAACAAUCAAUUAACUUCUUUUAUGUAUUUGUCAACAUCUGGGGGACAGACACCAAUAAAUGCUACUUUUUCUCACAUUUUUUGUAUAGUUUUGAUAAUACGAUUCUAUUUUACAAAUUGCAAAUAACCUGUAAUUAAAAAUUCUAAUUUUUCAUUGAAAGAAAAUAAAGUUUGCUAAUGGUGUCUCUCCUCUAGAUCAUCAUUGAAAUAAUUUCAAACGAAUGAAAUAAAUAAUCGUGGAUUUUA